UAAUAUUUAUAAUAAAAACAGUUUAAUGUAUUUCUAGAAAUCGAUUUUUAAUUAUUAGCUUUAUAAAUCUUUGCAAAUUCUUAAAAAUUAAAUAAAUUCCCAUUAAAAAAAAACAUAUUUUUUAUGAUUCAACCUUUCUAAAGUUAAAGCAGAUAUAUAUAAUCUCCAUAAUAACCUCAAAGAUAAAUGAAUCAGAUAUCCCCCUAUUAAGAUGAAAUGAACAGAUAGCUUAUGACUAAUCCAUUUAACAAUGAUCCAUUUAUGAGAGAUUUUGAACAUAUGCAUAAUAGAAUGAUUCAAAAUUUUUAAAAUAUGACUUAAAUCAUGCUUAGAGGUAGUCCGUUUUCAGGAUUUCCCUCUUAAUCAUUAAUGGCUUAAGAAUUUGAUGAAAGAGAUGUAUUUGGAUUCUCUGACUUACAUAAUUAAAUUUACAGCAACUCAAAUGGAUAGCAGAAUAGUGGUGGCUAAUUUUAAGUAUUUAGCAGAAGUAUGGUAUAAAAGUAAAUUAUUGGACCUGAUGGUUAGCCAAAAGUAGAAAAGUAUUACAACGAUAAUAUGAUAUAGAGAGGAAAUGAUGGAAACACUAUCAGUGAAAAAAAGUAGGCUUAUCAUAAUUAAGCAAAUGGUAGAUCUAUAAUGGCUCAUGAAAGAAUGCUUAAUGACUAAGGUCAUAAGUACAUUAAAGAGAGAAACCACUUAGGUUAGAUCGAAGAUUAAAAUUUAUAUCAUAACAUCACAGAAGAAUAAGCUUAGGACUUCCAUUAAAGAUGGAAUAAUUAAAGUAAUAAUAUGAGAACCCUACAAUCAAAUCAACCAUCUAGGUAUAUGUAGAUUCAGAAUGAACCUGUCAGACAAAGCAAUUAAUAAAAUCAAUAUUAAAUACCCUAAAUAGCCUAUUAAAAUCCAGAUUAAAUAUCAAGGAGUGGAUACAGAUCAAACCUUUAUGAAAGACCCCAAUUAUAAUAUUAAACUGCUUAGUAACCAAUUACUCCUUAAAGUACUUUCUCUUCACGCUCUAGACCAUAGUCAGGUUAUUCAAAUAAUUCAUACAAUCAACCAUAAAGAUAUGAUUUACAAAAUAGACCUAUUAGUUCUUCAGCAUAUUAAAAUUCUUUUAAUCCUUAUAACGCAAACUAAAAAUUAUACUGA